AUGAUCCAACAACAAGUGGACGAAGUAAAACGCCUAUGGGCGAAUAAACGACAGUUAACGAACCAGGGCCUGAAUUUGGCCAUGGUUGUCUUAACGGCAUUGAUGAUCUGGAAAGGUCUGAUGAUGUAUACUCAAAGUGAAUCGCCUGUUGUUGUCGUACUUAGUGGCAGCAUGGAACCAGCUUUUCAACGAGGAGACAUUUUGUACCUGGACAACAGGAAGCCCGAGUUGGAGAUUGGGGAUAUUGUCGUGUACAAGGUCAAAGGUCGUGACAUUCCUAUUGUUCAUCGAGUCUUGGAAUUGCAUGAACGGGCCAUGGAUGGAUACCAAGUCUAUCUUACUAAAGGCGACAACAAUAAUGUCCAUGAUCGUGGACUAUACGCGUCUGGUCAGUCGUGGCUCGAACGUGAGGAUAUUGUCGGCAUUGCUAGAGCGUCGAUCCCUUAUGCUGGAAUGCUCACGAUUUUGCUAAAUGAUUACCCAUUGCUCAAAUACCUAUUGGUGGGUGGGAUGGCUGUCGUGGUUUUCACACAAAGAGAGUGA